ACCCAGUUGAAAAUUCUUCCCUGCUCUCUCUUUCGCUCUCCUCUCCCCCCCUCUCUCUCUCUCUCGCUCUCUCUCUCUCUCUCACGCGCACCUCUCCUCUCCCUCUCCCUUUCUCUUUUUUCUCCCUCUUUUUCAUUCUCUCACUCUCUCCAUAUUCGCAUCCACGCAGUUCUGCGAGUCCGUGCGAGGAGACAGCAAAGCCAAUGGGAUGAGGGUUUGGUAAUAGGGGCAGAUUAUCAUGAAAAGACACUGCAAAAUAUGAUACAACUCAUUUGCGACGGAGUAAAUCACAAAAAAAAGUGUUUAUGAAGUGGCAGCCCCUUCUAGGAAAUGUGAUGCGGGAGCAACGCUUUAACUGCUGAAGAUUUCAUGGAAACCAGCAUGACGAUAGAGGCAUGAAAACUAAGAAAACGUUUCUUUUUUUUGUUGAAAAAGAAAAUAAUAUAUAGAAUAUAUCUAUAACUAUAUCAAUAUUGGGAACCACAGACUGUUGGUAGCACUAAAACCUUAAUAAUAAUAAUAAUAAUAAUAAUAAUAAUAAUAAUAAUAAUAAUAAUAAUCUGUGUUCUUACAAUAUAAGGACUGGGUGUCUCAUAUAUAGAUAUUUAUAUAUAAUAAACAACAAGCAAAACACAAAGAUGAGUUCCUAUUUUGUCAACUCUCUCUUCUCCAAAUAUAAAAGCGGAGAUUCGUUACGGCCUAAUUAUUACGAGUGUGGGUUCGCUCAGGACCUCGGCGCAAGACCCACUGUAGUCUAUGGACCCAGUACCGGGACCGGUUUCCAGCACUCUACUCAGCUCCAGGAUUUUUACCACCACGGCACAUCCUCUCUCUCCGCUACUCCUUACCAGCAGAAUCCCUGCGCCGUGACCUGCCACGGGGAGCCGGGCAAUUUCUAUGGAUACGACGCCCUGCAAAGGCAGACCCUCUUCGGCAACCAGGAUUCUGAUUUGGUCCAGUACAGCGACUGCAAACUCGCCUCCAGCAUCGGAGAAGACGCGGAAGUCACCGAGCAGAGCCCGUCUCCCACGCAGCUCUUUCCGUGGAUGAGACCUCAAGCAGCUGCCGGACGGAGGCGAGGCAGACAGACGUACAGCCGCUACCAAACGCUGGAACUGGAGAAAGAAUUCUUGUUCAACCCGUAUCUGACGCGCAAGCGGCGGAUUGAGGUAUCGCACGCCCUGGGACUGACUGAAAGGCAGGUCAAAAUCUGGUUCCAGAACAGGAGAAUGAAAUGGAAGAAGGAGAACAAUAAAGACAAAUUCCCCAGUUGCAAAUCCGAGCAAGAGGAGAUCGAGAAAGAGAAACAAGAAAGGCACCAGGCUGCGGAGGGGGCGGAAUCGGAACCCCUCGCCGAGGACAACGCGAAACAAGGAUAGA